AUGCAACGCCUGCAAGCGCAAAUGAAUCAGAUUGCAAUCACGCAUAUGAAUGAAGUUCGUAAGACUCUCAGCGACUUUCGAGAAGCCUUCGAGAAGAGGACGCUGUUUCUCCGAAACUGUAAUGCCGAGUUUUUAAAGGCUUGCCGUGAUGAAUUGCAACAGUUGUCAGAUAAAAUUACGCAGAAGGAAGCGGAGGUUUUGGGACAUCUGGAGACAAAGGAACGCGAACAGAAGGUGCUGAUUGAACGGCUGCUGCGUAACUUCUCGGAUAUCUUCAGAGUCCAUCUGACUGACCUCAUCUACUUAGAAGGAAUGGCGCGGUGCCUGCGUCGUGCUCAGACGCAAAUCAAAGCCGAAAUUGCUGACAGCAGCAGUCAGGGCCGCAAACUACAGGAGCACUUGGAUGCGAUGGAGGCGAGUAUGCGAGAUCUGGCCCAGUUGCCGACUUUCUUGCCGUCGGAGAAAAACGAACCAUUGAAUGCGAUCUUGCAGGCGUACUCUGAACUUGUUACGGGCGCCAGCCACAGAUGCAUCUAUUUGGGAUGUUUGAAGAUGCAAGCAUCCAGUCCAGCCAGCGCCGGAAUUGACAUAUCGGCUGAGCAUCCUCCACGCCCAUUUAAACACGUAAAAUCAUUGGAAGAUGGCAAGCAGUUCUACCUGGCGAAAUUGGCAAAGGAGGUGAGAGCCAAUGUUAGCCGAGCCGGUCGGCCGGCUCACGACGACAGUUCCGUGAAGUUGCUGCAGGCCCUACUGCACCAGCCCAAGACCCAGGAUCUGGCGUCUCCAGUCGUGAACAGUGGUAACAAACAGAACGCAGCAGCAGCGGACGCGCAGGGCAUGGAGAGUGCAGAUAUUGCAAAUGUGUAA